AUGGAGAGAGUAGAUCUGAACGAGAGAGUGCAGUUGAAGAAAGAGAAGGAAUUGUUUUUCAUCAUGAACGAGGAGUUGAAUAGGCGAAUGUGUGAGUUGUUGAGAGAAACUGAAAACUUAGCGAAAGAGAUGGAGGCCGUGAAGAAGGAGAAUGAAUAUUUUUAUAUACUAAGAGGACAGUUUAUGAGGGAUGAGGACGAGGAGUUGAAGAAGAAAGUCCAAGUUGAGGAUAUGGAAGAAAAAGAACAGGGAAAUGUGGAGUUGGAGGUGCAAUCGUAUGGUAUGGCGGAGCGUAAUCUAUUGGAUGAAGCACCCAUUUCUCCUCCUGUUUAUAUAAGGAGAACUAAAAGGGUACUUAAGCCAUCCUAUUAUAUGGUUUCUCCAUUCUUGUCCCUAUCUUCGAUCAAUACAACUCCGAACGUGGUGAGGCGACUUGAGGAAGCCGUAAACUUUCCUACAUCUCUGAUACCAUUUCAUCUACAGAUGGAUCCAUUCAGGAAGCUAUCAACGGAUGAACUCAAAGAGCCAUGCCUUCAAACUAGUAUGCCGACUCUAAGGGUGUAUCGGGACUCGAAGUCUGCUUUGAAACGUGCAAAGUUGGUAAGCAUAAUGAACAAUGUCAUCGCAAUUGCCAAGCAGCGGGGUAAAUCACACGCCAAGGAGAUUUGCCUACUUCUUAAACAUGGACUAGUUUAUGUACCCGUCAACCAUGAUAACUCUCAUUGGUUCUUGAUAGUCCUAUAUCCAAGACAACGGGAGAUCAUUAUUAUCGAUAGCUUAAUGUCAAAUGCUCUCCUAAAGUAUAAGCAGAUGAUCAAUUUGAUGACGGAGGAGUUCCUGAUUCUCUUCCAUGCCACCGGAGACGUCACCGCACAUGAAGGGAAGACUUGGACCGCUAAAUCCAUGAAAUCUGUGCCGAAGCAAUGCAAUGGUUUUGACUGUGGCAUAUUUAUGAUCUUUGAAAGGGUUUCUUCCUGCAUCUCACAACAUGUUGGAUGGAUGAAGAGUGUCGAAAAAGAGCUGAUGAAGCUCUCGGCCACAACUCGAGCAUUCAAGCAGUACAGAGAGAUGCAGAAGAGAGGCAAACCAAAGAAGCCGUGA